CGGAUCAACAGGAAGGUCGGCAGCGGCGGUUUAACGGCGAGAGUGGACCGGGAGAAUGCUGAUUCUAGUUUAGUUUAGCGAUACAGCGUGGAAACGGGCCCUUCGGGCCACCGGGUCCGCGCCGACCAGCGAUCCCUGCAUAUUCCUGCCUCCUCUCUCGCUCGCCCCCACCCCUUUGUUUCUCUACUGGUUUGACAGUCACGACCUCAGAUUAAAGAUCAAGAUGACAACUGGCGAUCUGCGUGGAUCCCUUCGAAAAUUAGAACAAGGACUUCGUUCAUUGAAUUAUCCACAAGAUAUUGAUUACACUGGUCUUGCAAAAGGUGACCCUGCAGCCUUUCUGCCAAUCAUGAGCUAUGCCUUCGCCUCAUAUUCCACAUAUGUGACUGAGCAGCUAAUAGCAUCUGGAGUGGAACUUGCAGGAAAAAAUGACAUUCGUUUUCUUGAUGCUGUUUACAAGGUGCUACGAGACGAGUUCCAGUAUAAACCAUUACUUCUGAAGGACCAAUUUCUGCACUGCGGGUUUGCAGAACGAAAAAUACAGCUUUUAUGUGACAUAAUAAGCAUUGUGACCAAAAGACACAAGGAAUUAAGCUGCCUCAACAAGACCAAGACACGCUCAAGUAAUAAUUCACAUUACCCGGUCAAAGUUUCUUCACGAUUAAAAUAUGAAACAUUUAUUCCUGAUACCCUCCCGUGCGAACCCUAUGAAAAGGUAAAACCUUUGGUGGAGCGUCAUUUACCCAAUGAUGAUCUAAAAACAUUUUGCUUUUCAUCCAGUCCUGAGAAUGAAAUUAUUGAAGACAGGCCACUUGUUCUUCGUGAAUAUACGGAACCAUCAACUUCACAUGAAUCACAGGCACUGGAGAUCUCCAUGCUUAAGCAGCAGAUUGCCAAAUGUGAGGAGAAGCUCCAGGUGCUGGACGUGAUACAGAGUAAACUGCAAGCUUUAGAAUGCUCUACAGCUGGGAAAGUGAUUAUAGAUGCGAGGGAUUGGAACAAUCUACUGAGCCGCGUUGUACUGUUGGAAACUCAGCUGUUGCUACAUUCCAAAAAGAAUGAUUUACCUUCUGAUUCCAUUGGUGGGAAUGAUGAAUAUUCUUCAUGCCAAAUAACAAGCCAUAACUCUUCAGAUAAAGAACUAAGAGUGGAGACGCCAGGGAGCCUCAGCUAUCAAUCAUCUGGAUACAACUCGCUGUUAUCAGCAGACGAAUCGCCCAAAGCAAUGUGCAUCAAUUCGUUAUCUCUGACAGAAGUCACAAAGUCACACGCAGUCAAGUACAAAGUGGAAAGGAUAAGCAAAAUGAUUGAAGAAACCUCGGAACUGCUGAAGUGUACAGAAAAUUCAGCUGAGACUAACAAUACAGGCCCUUCAUUGAUUCUCUAGCAAAAUCCCAAGGAUGUUGAAAAUCUAACAUAAAAACAAAAAUUGUCAAUCACCCAGCAGUUCGGGCAGUGUCGGUGCAGAAGGAGGCCGAAUUCAUGUUUCAAGUCUGUGACUUUUGAUCAAUACAACUGAUUGUAUCAUUGCAGAGGUUCAAAGUUUAUAUUACCACUCUUGAUAAAAAAUAAAAAAAAAAAUUUGUAAUUUUAUAAUUAAGUAGAAGUUAUUUACCAGCAUUGAAAUUUCCGAUUGUGAAGUUUUAUAAUAUCGGAAGCUACAAUAAUAAAUGUCUAUGAAAUCUUAAAAUAUAUAACUUGAAAACAAAUUACAAAAGAUUAAUAAAACUAUUUUGGUUUCGAUUGAUUUGAUUUUUUUAACGUAUUGUAGCCACUGUACGUGCGUGUGUGUGCGCAUGCGUGUGUGUUACCAUCUUGUAUUAAUUUAUUACACAGUUCUAAGGAAUGGACAGCAGUAUCUUACAACUGUGAGGACAGUCUUUAAUUAACAGGAUUAGAAUAUUCUUUGUUUUACAUAAUGUUUGCCGUAGAAUUUCUUGAUGAUCUUCGGUCAGUGGGGCAUUUAGUUUUAUUCAAGUCUAAUCUUGAGACAGCAGCCAAGAUGAAAAGUUAACCAUGAGCCCUAAUAAACUCAAUGCUAAAUUAAUUUUAUUUUACUAACCAAGAAGGGCAGGGUCAACAGAUGCAUAGGUCCUUCACUGAAGGGUAUCACUAUUCAUUCAUCGUCACUCGGUCCAUCUCUUGGAACUCCUUCUCAACAGCACUGUAGGAGGAGCUUCACCAGAAGCCUGCACUGAUGCAAGAAGGCAGCUCAUCACCACCUUCUCAAGGACAAUUAGGGAUGAGCAAUAAAUGUUGGCCUUACUGGCAAACACAGAUACUGAAAAAACGAAUAAAUUGGAGAAUGUAUAUUACUUUUGUCUAAUGUGCAAUAUGUAAAA